AAUUACUCCAAUAAUCUCACCAGGUAAGAACAAAAUUUGAUUUUGGGUUCCUUUAUUACGCGUUCGAAACCCUUCGGGCAUCUACAUUUUAAGGGCCAAGCAAUAACAUGAAGUUGCUCGGAAACCUGCGAAAAAAGUUAUGGAGAGGGAAUAUGAUAAAUGAUCAUGUAAGAGCACUUCCUUAUCUCACCAGUGACCGCCUUUUCUGGGUUUUCUCACUCAUCAAAAUUAAUUUAUUCCUUCAAUCACAAUUCAUUUCAAGCAACAAUUAUCCUAAAAAGGUCAAAUGCUUUCUGUAGAGCAUGUUGUCUCCGGAAUUUUGAUAGGUUUGAGCAUUUUAACUUAUUGGAAUGAGGUGUCAAACAUUGAUGAUAGGAAGAGGAUUCUCAAGGGUAAAGCUCAAUGCUGCCGAGCUAAAGUGCGGGACUUUAAAAGAAAAAUCUCUUACAUUGAGGUUGUAGGAGGCAAGAAGCGAAAGCCAGAUGACUGCAAAUGGGUGAAGGAGGGUCGAGUGCUUGUCAAGAAAGCGAAACACUUGUUAAACCCAGUUAAUGGACAAUCGAGGGGCUUUCUCGUGGGUCUUAAGAUGAGAUGGGAUGUUUCCACAUUGCUUCAGGAUUUGGAAGUCCAUGAUCGAUUGGGCCAUAAGCUUCUUAGACAGGCCAUGUUUGAUGCUGAAGGCCCUUGUCGUGGGAAACUUUUACCGGUGAAGGAAGUAGUUGGUCGAGUACCUUCUAACACUUUAGACCGUCUUAAGGAUAUGUUUAAUGAUGAUGAUAGGUUUGGAAGAAUUGCAAUUCAUGGCAUAAAUGGAAUUGGUAAGACUUUUUUGAUGAUGCAUCUCCAUAACUAUGGGCUAAAUGAGUUUGACUACGUUUUCUGGGUCUCGUCCGCUGUUGAGUUUACGAUCGAGAGCUUGCAGGAUGCUGUUGCUGCAGUUGUGAAGUGUGAUUUUGCUAGUGGCGAUCACUGGUCUGUGAGGGCUAGAAAAUUGUCAGAAUCAUUUGCCAAGCUUGGCAGAUUCGCACUUUUCUUAGAUGCUGUACCAAAAACUGUCUUUUCUUCAAAUCAAUUUGGAAUUCCAGUUCCUGCAAGAGGGAGCAACUGCAAGCUGGUAUUAUGUACUAGCUCUGCAUCAUUGGAGAGUAUUUUGUUUCAUGAUUUUAAAACAGUUAAAGUAAAACCUCUUCCAAAAAAUGAUGCAUAUGAGUUGUUUAUAAAUAGAGCUCAGAUUGGUGAAGAAACUAUUUCUUCCCUUGAUGGAAUUCCCUGGAAACUUUCUGAUAGGUGCUGUGGAGUGCCACAUAGGAUUGUAGACGUAGCUAGUCGUAUGUGCGGCAUAAGUGACCCUCAUGAAUGGAAGAAUGAGCUAUUUAAAUUAGAAAGCUUGGAUGAAAAAAACAUCUCUAGAUCCAUUUAAGUGAGUGUUACAACUUGCUCUACUCGCAAGUCGCAAAAUUAGGUUAAGAAACAUUGACGGGUGCUUUUAUAGAAGUGGCAGGUUAAGUGGGAUUUCCUUAGGUGGGGCAAUAGGAGCAUGAAAUGAGUGUAGUUGUAAGUUGUGUUUUGCGCUUUAGAGAUUAGUGUUUAAUGAUGAAAAAAAAUGUUUGUGAGCAGGGAAUGCUGUAUUUGGGUUAUGGUGCUUGGGUACUGGUGUUGAAAAAAGUCGUGAUUUUUCCUUGAGUUUUUAGAUUUUAUUCAUGUAUAGUUAGUUACUCAUAAGAUUGCAA